CAACAACAAUCUAUUAGAAUUAUCAACAAUGUUGAGAACAUUUAUUAAAAAAAAAAGGGUUAGACUUCACAACCUGAGAAACAUAACAAAUGUGAAAUUAUAAUAACAUAAUACAGAUUCGGUAGUCAAUUUUUUCAAAAGCCUCUUUGGAAAUGCAUAUGUUAAGUGCAGCAACUAACUGGGACAAUUUAUUGCGAGCUGGUCCUUGUCUGGUCAGCAAGGUUCAGCAUGGAAUCCUUUGGGAUUAUUUAUUUCGAAAUGAUGUGCAACUUAAGUACCAACUAAACGAGAGUUCUGAGUUCCAAAGUCCGAUAAUUCACAAUGUUGUCGGCAGUGGUCACGAUUUAAGUGACCUUUUUGAUAUUGUCAGAAAGAAUUCUGUGCAGUUCCUCACACAUCUGACACUACCACCAGAGCCUCCGAUUUUCGACCCAAUAGCCGAAUCAGUUGUCCGAAGAGCGGAGGUGAUUUCCCGUAAGCUGGAGCACCAUUUCCAGCAAAAUUCCCGAUUUUUUCAAGAACUGGCAGAAGGAGUUGCGUUAUGUGUGCAUCGUUCGUACGAUAGCGUUACCAACCGUGCCAUUGACGACCUUGUCAACGCUUCCGCCCAAAUGGUUAAACAGCAAUUAGCUCUUCCAUUAAUAUCCAAAAAUGCCAGUACCGAUUACGCAAAUGAUCUUAAGGACCUGUUUCGGAAAGAUGCAGUGAUGAAAAUCGACGACGCGCGUGCUUCAGCUUUAGGCGAUAAUUAUACGAAAUACCUUAAGUGGAGUGGUCAAUGGAGAAAAUGUCGCCCGGUUGGUCACAUUAAUCGCAGAAGCUCCGUUCUUUUUUCGGUUAUCGUGGACAAAUUGCUAAAUCAUACUUCGGAAUGGAAUCCAGGUUUGCGCACAAUGCAGCCUGCUCUCAACCCAAUUUUGACAAACAUUGCGGUCGUUGGAACACCCAAAGCGGGAAAAACACAGUUGGCUCGAAUUCUGGCCCAACGGUACGGACUUCAUCUUAUUAGCCUAAGUUAUUUGUACCGCUAUAUGGACGAAAUACUGAAUAAUUCCGUUGCAGUCUCGCGAUACGCCUGUUUUCUGGAUUUUUUGCCUUAUAAAAACGUUAUACACCAAGCCAGCACCGAUCAUGUUUUUUUGGACGAUACCCUGACUAAUCUGUUAUUGGUGCGUUUCAUGCUCUUCUACCAAAACGAUGUGCGCGGCUUUGUUGUUGACGAAUUUCCGUUGACUCAGCGCCAAAUCUGCGCACUGCGUGACGGAUUAAAUGGUUAUGACUAUGAAAAAUUGUCAGGACUGCAUAAACAAGAAAAGUCCUUGCUGACUGGCGAAGUUAAUCCUCACAAUCCGCCCGACGAGCCAAAACAUCCAUUCAACCUGAUUGCAGUAUUAACAACUGAUGCGGCUACAGCAUUUCGUCGACUACGAGAAAGUUACUUCGUAGAGCGCGUGCAAGAAAAGCCGUUGAUACCUAGUGUAGAGGAUGUUCCUAUGAGCCCGGAUGAAUACAGUGCAGUGCAAAAGAGAAUCUUGCAAUUCACGUCGGAAAUGCAGUCUGGUCUGCUGGAUCGUCAGAAAACGUUAGCUUCACAUAUCGUGCAGCUGGAUGAAAGCUUUUCUCUUGUUGAAAGUGUUAAAACGAUUGAGGAGCGUUUAGCCCGGGAUCUCGAGAACAAGUUGGAGAGUAUUGUGACCCAUCCGGUGGUGGAUGUCCUCAAGGGUCUUCGACCUGCACCGGAUGAGUUAAUAACGAACAUAGGGGUAACCAGUGCCGGCCACCACGCAACUCCGCCUGCUUCGACAAAAUUAGAUAUCAGUUUUAUCGAUAUUAGCUUGGGGAAUGACGCCACCCAUUACAGCAUCCAAAAGUGUGUCGAAGUGUUGGAACAAGAUUUGCGCUAUUCGCUAAAAAAAGAAGAGAGUGACGUUAUUUCGGGCCUUUACACUUACGCGGAUUCCGUUCCGAAUAGAGACUUUGACAACUCGGAAACUGAAUCUCGUCGCUCUGCGCUGCGCACGUUUAUUUAUGGCUCCUCCGGUCCGGAUGCGUUUCUUGCGCCUAAAGUAGCCGAAGAGAACAAAAAAGAUUUAAAAAAGGGAGCCGAUGGAAAAAAGCAAGAUCCGAACAAGAUAAAAGCGGACGCCGCGAAGUCCACUAAAGGUCAGCCAAGCGCUUCCCAGAAACGUACAGCACGAGAAGCUAAAGAAGCAGAAAUAAGUGAUGACGACGAGCUUAACCGGCUUAAGAUACCGAGGCCCCCACGCAAAUCAGAUUUAGGCAACCCGAAAGUUCGAGAUUACUUGCAUGUGUUCGCAAAAGACGAAAAGAAAACGUUUGGGAUACCGCAAUUGCCUUAUCAAUCCAGCGAAGACGACCUAAGUGACUAUGACGAUGCGGAAUGGAACUCGGGCGAAAAUUCUAGCUUGUGCCCCGCAUUGCAAAAGGAAUCUUUGGCUAAACUUCCAACACUGACGGAGAACCAGCUCCAAAAUCUUCUAAAAAACCAGCUACGAAGUAUCAGUACAAGGCUAAAAAUGCAAUGGGAUAUGUUCGAGCAACGUAUAGAACAACUUUAUUUAAAGACUACCCUUGGCGGAAUCUACCCAAACGGAUACUUGGUACUUCGCUUGCAAAACGCAUUGAUAACAAUGUCACUUCAAAAUAUGGAAACGGGUCUUUUGAAUUCACUCAACUCGAAGCUAACAGACUUCAGCAAGCCUGCAUUUUCAUCGGACAUAAAGGAUUUGGAAUAUAGGGAUUGUGAGUACCGAACAGUAGUUGGACAGGGACCUAGCAAACCUUCGGUACAGAAACCGACAAAACUGCUCCACGAUAUUUCAAUAGAUGUCUCUAAAACGGCCGCUCCUCACCAUGAUUCUAAGCGGGCGCAAGAUCUCUACCCAUCAUUACUUUCGUUUCCGCUUGCGGAAGAGCAAACGGUUCAACAAAAAAAUCGUCGCUUCCAGCAAUCCAGUUUGUUUCUCGUAUAUCAGUUUCUGGCGGAAUGUUGGCGUUCUGUAGAACUGACCCACUUUACUACGGCCAACCUCAUUUUCGAUUCCAUCAGCAAUAUAAAAAGAACGAUUCUUCAGCAACUCACUGAAUGCAAGCAGUUGUACUGGGGCAUAUCUGUAUCCCACGAUCUUCAGUUUCAAAAUACCCUUUUCCGUUGGCAGAAUACUUUUUGCUCCCUUGAUGCAGCAAUUCGGUGCAGACCGCAGUUUAAGGAACUCUUGCAUUCUCAAGUUGUUGAUUUCCAUAAAUCGUUAGUUGACGACAUCGGUGCAAACCGGACGAAGAAUAUUUUCGUUCAAGAAGAAAUUAUGAAAAAUGGAUGGGUCGAAGACAGAAUGGCCGUUAUGGCUGAUAACUACAUUUCGCUGAUUCAGUUAGAGGUGGACACAUACAUUGACAGUCUUAAUGUCAUGCGUGAUUAUAUCUUUGCAACACAAGCAAAAUUCUUGGGAGCACAGAGUGGCAUUAUAGUCAGCAUCCCUUACAUCGACAUAAACAAUCUUUCGGUCGAUACAAGACGCCCGCCACCCACGCUAACUCCAACCUUUGCCGAUUCGAAAAAGCCUAAAGACCCCAAGGCACCGGAGCCGGAGAAACCGACCGCCAGUAUGAACUCUACACUACUGCGACCGCUAAAUCGAGAUCCUCUGCUCCCAACCUACAUUGCCCGAAAGAUCAACGCGCCUGAGCCUCCCUCUAUGCAGCUGCCAACGGCCGAACCUCCACCGUCACAGAACAAAAAACUGGGAGGCGCCAAAGUGGAUCGCAAGUCGCAACCGGAUGCCGUAAGAAAGCAUAGCAAAACGCAGGCGCUUGUUGUGGGGCCUCCGCCACCAAGAGAUAACGUCGAGGAAGUUAUGUUGCGGGAGAUUUUUGAUAAGGUAAAGGAAGCAGUGCGAAAAAUCGAAGAUUCCGAACAAGAAACCAGGAAAGCUCUGACUUUGGCACUACAAAAACCCGAGGAUCCUAGAAAGACACCGGGCUUGCAUGCUAAAGGUCACGAUAAGAGUCGGCCAGCAAGUCCGGUCGCCGAAGCUGCGCCGCCGCAAAGAUCCACCCACGAAAAGGCAAUCGAGGACGAAAGUGCAUUCCUUCUGGCUCGUUUGGAGACCAUAUUAAACUGUGCCGUAGGCACCGUCAGCGAAUUGAAGAAGAUGAUCAAAACAGUGGAUACUGGGGUAACGGCAAAAAUCGAUGAAGUGUACAAACGAGAACUUGUUAGCGCUGCUCUGCUAGCCGAAUUCAUUCAUGCUCAAAUCGAGAACGAGCUUCCCAUUGAUCACGCACUGGCCUAUCAGAAGAACCAUUUUAUUUUAGCUGAGGACGAACAUUUUCAUAUGGAAUCCGACCCGGAGUUAUUCAGUAAUCCUGCCAAUAGCCAUAUGUCGCUUUAUGAGGAAUUUCUGAAAAUAUGCAAUACAUCGGAUAAGCUUGUUUGCGAAGAUUUACAGAAAGCAUUUAUUUACGGUGCGGAACGAAGUUAUGGUAAAGGACUAGUCAGUCGAAGGUGGAACUCUCUUGAUUCAGAUGAACUUAAUUCGGCUGCCACACACCAGAUAGCAUGUCGUACACACAGCAAAGUACCAGAUGGAGUGAACAUCCAAAGUGCGGAAAUGCAGUGGCAUGACGUUUCCAGGCUGAUGUGUGCUAGUGAAUAGCGGAUAACGGUUUCCUUUUUAAGUCUGCUGUGUAAUUAUUUUGGCACUUGCUUCAUUUUGCCGUAUAUGGUAUUGCAUGCCAAGUACGCAAAUAACGUUCGACGGUGGUAAUUCAUAUUUUUCUGCUGUUAAUAGUGCAUUUCGGGCAAAAACCGUUCUAUGUACCGGUAUGUUACAGGCAGAAAGUGUCAACUUUG